UUACCAAGUGACAUUCCCUACACCAUGCGACUUUCUUACUGAACUGGUAUUUGCUAUACCAAUGUUAGAAAACCUUGCAUCGCAUUGUACAGGAUUGGCAGCUUGUGGAGGAAGGGUUCGAGUGGAUGUACGAGCAUGCAUAUCGACAUCCAGAAUAUCAUCAGCAUCGGUCAUCUGUUGUUACAGCGGCUGUUUUAUUAUUCUGUUUGGAACAAGGUAUCUUUGAUCAUCCACGUUCACAAACUAUCAAACUUGGACAAGUUUGGUGGAGAGACGUGAAUGGAGUUUGGAAAGAGACAAGGGUACAAGAUUCAAUACAACAGGUAUCUUGUAAGCUUGCUAGUGAUGAGGUCAGGGGACAUUGGGUGAACCUCAGUGAAGAAGGUAUUAAGACUUCUAUCUGUGAGCUCAUGGGUUUGGAGCAGUGUGAGGUUGAUCGGUGUAAAAAGUGGUGUGCGGCUCUUUGAUCAAAUUCGCCUUUUCUAUUUUUGUAUAUUAGAAAUCUCCCCUGGCUAUACACUUUUGUGUUGUCUUGAUGUGUUAUACUUUUUUUCCUUAUGGGUUUUUCUUUGCUUUGCUUGUAGAUAACAAAAAUGAGAAUUUAACGGCAGCUCCAGUUUUUAUAGUUGCCCAUUGAAAUUGAUAUAGUCUUCUGUUUGAG